AUGCAUGCGCCCCCAUUUAACGCUGCAGAUUUUGAUGCUUUUCUAAAUCAAAAUGGUGUUCGCCACAGGAAAAUCACCCCUUACUGGCCGCAAGCUAAUGCCGAAGCGGAGCGUUUCAUGCGCACAUUAGAAAAAGCUGCACGAGCCGCCCAUAUCGAAGGAAGAAGAUGGCAAGAUGAGUUAGAUACUUUUCUUUUGAAUUACAGGUCAACGCCGCAUUGCACAACUGGUAUCAGCCCGGCAGAGCUUCUAUUCAAUCGAAAAAUUCGGAAUAAACUGCCAAGUGUGGACCGGUUAGACCCCAUGCCCUCAGACAUCGAAGACAUCCAUGAAAAAGCUAUCAACAACGACUCUAAGAGAAAGGAGAAGAUGAAGAAAUUUGCGGACAAACGGAAUCAUGCAAAGAACAUUAAUCUUCAAAUAGGAGAUUAUGUCUUAGUCCGACAGCAAAAGAAAAAUAAGCUAUCUACCCCAUUUGGUAAAACGCCAUACAGAGUAACAGAAAUAAAAGGGACAAUGAUCACUGCGACUAGCGAAGAUAGCGGCAACAUUACCAGAAAUGUUUCAGUGUUUAAACAAAUCCCAAACCCAAACCUUGAACCACAAGAUCAAAUUAUCGAGGAUUUUCAUGGUGAUAUGCCUAACACGGAAUUGACGCGCAGAUAUCCAACUCGGAACAGAAGAAGUCCAGAAUUUUAUAAUAGUUCACAGACAUAGUAUGAACCUAUACAAACUUGAAGUUUUAGUUGUUGAGUUGUUAUUUAUGAAUGUUUUAUUCUAAAAGGAAAGGAGGGAUAUAGUAUUGUGACGUAUAGGUCACAUGAUCUAGUCACGGGACAGUGAACACAUGUACUGUG